CCACCCACAAGCACAAUCUUCAUCCCACCCGAAACAUCGCCGAAUAAGGUAUUCCCGCAUCACGAGGCGCUAUGACGGAACAGCUGUCACAAGGCGUGAUGCGAAAUACGAGUCGUGGAUAAAUAAAGGGGCGGGGGUGAGGUUUUACGUGCGCGUCCGGCGGUAUUCCGUCAAAGGAGAACGUGCGGUUCGUCGUGUAUUUGGCUGCGUGUGACGAAUAAAAGAAUACAUAAUUGACGGAGCGCAUUGCUCCAGACUUCAGUGCCAGUGGGUCAGCGGAGAUACGUGCACAUACAAACGGGUGGUCACGACGCAGGAGAGAAAAGUUAAAAGCAAAAUAGUGACGAACAGCAUCGCAUCUCGGGCUUAAGGAGAUUGUGUGCCAAGUAUCACGUUCGCUCGGAAUCCAUCAAUCUUGGACGUUUCCACUCUGGCACGAUGGAGGGGGAGAAGAAGCAGGUGACAUGCUACCUCCUGUUUUCUUUAUCGACAGCUGUAAUUGGCUCCCUGCAGUUUGGCUACAACACUGGAGUCAUCAAUGCCCCAGAACAGAAACUGCGGGCGUUCUUUAAUGCCACAUGGAUGGAGCGUUACGGGGAGCCCAUCAAGCCAGGCGUGUGCACCAUUGUCUGGAGUUUUGCUGUGGCCAUCUUUAGCGUGGGUGGAAUGGUGGGAUCAUUCAGUGUCGGUGUUAUAGCCAACAAAUUUGGAAGACGUAAAUCUAUGAUCCUCGUGAAUGUCCUGGCUCUGAUUGGGGGGGGUCUCAUGGGACUUUGCACUCUCUGCUCCUCCUAUGAGAUGGUCAUUGCCGGUCGGCUGGUUAUUGGGCUGUUCUGUGGCCUCUUCACUGGUCUCACUCCAAUGUACGUUGGGGAAGUGUCACCCACUCCCCUCCGUGGGGCCUUUGGGACCCUGCACCAGCUUGGUGUCGUAAUUGGCAUCUUAAUCGCACAGAUUUUUGGUCUGGAGUAUCUGCUGGGUUCAGAUAAGCUCUGGCCUUUACUUCUGGCUCUCACCGUGCUACCUGCCGUCCUGCAGUGCAUACUGCUUCCGUUCUGCCCUGAGAGCCCUCGAUACCUACUCAUUAACCUCAAUGAGGAAGAACAGGCCCGUAAAGCACUGGUGCGUCUCCGUGGUUAUGAGGAUGUGGGGAAGGACAUGCAGGAGAUGAAGGAGGAGAGUGCGAAGACAGCCAUGGAGAAGAAGGUUACCAUCCCAGAACUCUUCCGCACCGCUGCUUACCGCCAGCCUCUGCUCAUCGCUAUCAUGCUGCAGUUGUCUCAGCAGCUCUCUGGCAUCAACGCUGUUUUCUAUUACUCAACUGGUAUUUUUGAGUCGGCUGGAGUGACUCAGCCCAUUUACGCCACCAUUGGAGCUGGUAUAGUCAACACUGUCUUCACUGUAGUAUCUCUCUUCUUAGUGGAGAGGGCGGGACGGAGAACUUUGCACCUUAUUGGUUUGGGUGGAAUGGCCAUUAGCGCUUUGGUCAUGACCAUCGCUCUCUUAUUGGUGGGUUCUGCUGUCUGUUUUCAUUUUGCCGAAGAUUCGAAACUGAAAAUAUCUGACCAUCAUGGGAAUGCUUAUGUCAUGUCAUACCUGUAUUUUCUUAUCUUUGUCCCUGAGCAGAAGGACAUUGAGGCUCUUCGAUACCUCAGCAUUGCUGCAGUCUUUGCCUUUGUUGCCAUGUUUGAGAUGGGCCCAGGACCCAUUCCCUGGUUCAUAGUGGCUGAAUUAUUCUCCCAGGGACCACGUCCUGCCGCUAUGGCCGUUGCGGGAUGCUCUAACUGGACAGCCAACUUCCUUGUAGGAAUCAGCUUCCCUAAACUGGAGGAGCUGUGUGGGCCAUAUGUCUUCAUUAUAUUCAUGAUCUUCCUCAUCAUCUUCUUCAUCUUCACGUACUUCAAAGUUCCGGAGACCAAAGGGCGAACUUUCGAUGACAUCGCCCGUGGUUUUAGCGGGGCUCCGCCUCCAACCGCCACCUCCGUGGAGGAGGCCGGCAGAGUCGCACUUCCCGCCUCUCCGGUCAAAGAAAAGGUCCCAUUGGUGGAAGCUUCCAAAUCGUCCUCGGAACAGGGCGCAGGCUCAUCUGAGCAAGCUGAGGCAGGUGCCACAAAGGUGGAGGAGAAACCUAGCUCAGUUACCCAGCCACUGGUUGAUUCUAGUAAAGAUGAGAAAUCUAAUUCCACCAUCUAAGAAACGGUGUAACUACAUAGUUUAAUAUAAUUAAAGCCAUGACAUGUACCACUGAAGAUAGAAAUAUAAUACUAGAGAUUUAUUUACUAGAAAGAGAUUAUUUAGGGUAGGCAGAUUAAGAAAGGAACCACAGGGGAGCGUCACAGAUCACCUAGUUAUAUUUUGAAAAUAUACGAGAGUUCAUAGUCCGUGAGUUUUAUUUUAUUGUGUAGUUUGACAGCUGAUGGUUUGGUGCAAUAUUAAGUCAUGUUUUAAGGAUUUUGUCCUUUUAUUGCUCAUUUAUUCCUAUUUGUGCAAUUUUAGUGUAAUUUUAAUGUGAAUUAUCAAAUAGGUCUCCUAUAUAAGAUCAAACCGAAAAAGGGAAUUUUUACAUUUGGCCUUCAUAGUUCUCAGCAUUUUCAACUCUCAAACCUCAAUUAUUUGCUUUUAGAAAAACCAAAUUUUUUUUCCUGUUAAUAAUAGUUGGCAAUUAUCGUAAUGUUAAGGUUUUUGCACUGACGAUGUUUAUUUUGUAUAAAAUAUAGUGUAUAUAGAGAUAUAUACGUUUUCAUUACUUCAGAUCACUACUAACAUUUAUCAGAAACACUUAAGACAUAUAUAUUUAAUUAGAUGAUUCAUUAAUUAAAAUAUUUAUAUUUAUAGGAAAUGCUUAGCUAGUAAAGCUUAUGCCAAGAAUAAAAUCGCUAGUUUACUGCCAAAAAUAAUACAGACUCUUCAAAUAAAUAAGUCACUCAUUCAUAUAAAAUCACAGUGAAGGUUAUAUUGUAGGACCCAUAGGACGCAAAUGGACCAAUCAGUGUUUCAUGAAUUGUACUGUACAUACUAUAUAUGGUCUCAAUAACUAGACAAGUUCACAUUUCAGAUAACCAAGAUAAAGAUUUUUAGCAAAUGACAUGAUUAAGGAGGAAAUUUGCUAGAUUAUGAUAAUUAAUCCCGCUACUGAAUUUCCUGUGCUUGGUGAUUUAGUAUUCCAGCGUUACAUAUGUGCUGCACCGACUCACUUUGAGGUUUGAGAGAGUAGUGAGAGACGUCUCACUUGAUUUGACUAAGUGUGUUUAUAAUAACAGUGGUUCUGCACUUUCCGACACUUUCUCUGAAUCCCUUUCAUAGAGAACGCAAAUAGUAUUUAUUUGUUUAUACAUUUAUUUAUUUUUGCGUAUAUUCGAGGAUCUUUAACAGUAAUUUCUAUCAUGUAAGUCGAUCAACGCUUUAUGCUGCCAUUGCUUAGGUGUGGCUAUUUUCAUCUAGAUAUUAAAUGUGAAAGUAUUUAUUAUUAAAAAACACAUUUAUAGACCAAGGGUAAUAUGAAGCAUUGCUUUUUCCCAUUCUAAUGUGUUGUGAUCAUGUAUAUGUUGCACGGAGAAAAACUCCAAAAAAAAAAGACCAAGAAAGACAACAUUCCUCUUGCAGUAGUGCACUGUGGUUUGUAUUCCAGUGGUCAAGAGCAGCUUGAGCCAGCCCUCUUCUAACACGAGCAAACACAACCAUCUUAUUAACUGUUUAUACCUUUCACAUGCUGUACCUUUACUGUGCAUAAUGUACACAACUCAUAGUUACUUGCUUACUGUACAGUUAGAAGAGCAUCACCCUGUAAAUACCUAAAUUCAUGUUUCUGUGUUGAAUGAUGUAAUUGAUGUAACUGCCGGUCAAAAGGAGAGUGUCUGCUAAACAGAAGUGUUGGUGUUUUGACGUUUGUAUGUUUUAUGGUGGCUUUUCCUGAAUGUGUAUCAAAAUCAUGAGUGGUACUGUGUACAGUUGUUGUAUUAUUUUGUGAAUAAAUAGUCUAAAUUA